UACACAAGAUAAGCACGCCGCCCGCCUGCUGGCCGGGCGAAUCGAAGUUCUCUUCCGGUCAACUGUCCACCCAGUCAAGUGCAAAAAACACAGUAGAAUCACGCAAGGCACGCUGCUGGUGUGCUUCCUGCCCGCGAGGAAAGAAAGAAAAGCUACAAGGUUUAGUUCAGAUUUGACUGUUUGCAGCAUGGGAGCGGAUUACCCAAAAAAUCCCUGGAAAAAAAAGAGAUCUCGGUAACGAAAACUAUAGGGGGCUGUAUUGGCGAGAUCCAACGGUGAACAGCUGCCCAAAAGAAAAACCGCCUGGAAGUCCGAGGACCUUUAGUACCGUACCCUACCCUCGAACCAGCAGCCUUCGCGCCAAGCAAGACCGCCCUUGUCCCUUUCCUUUCUCUAUUCCGCCUCUUUCUUUGCUUUGUUCCAAUAGAGUCUAAGGCAAAGCAAAAGUGGUUCGUAUGCCUACUUUACCUACUUGACGAAAGGGAACGAACUUUGUUUCGUUUUUGGGUUUAGAGAUUGGAUUCAGUCAGCGUCACUACUUCCUUUUGAUUAUGUCGUGACGCUUUGGUUACCGGCGAACGCUUCCAAAGGCGACCCUCUCGAGUUUCCGGCUGUUUCCUAGAUGGAAGUAGCCUUUCGUCGCCCUACCAAACGAAAGAAGUAGUCACUAUCAAACAGCUCGCCCUACUGAAGUACCAAAGGUUCGCUCCGCCCGGUGACUAAGAAAGAAAUGGGUUUGCGCUUGAAUUGAAGUGAUGAAGUCGCAAAGAGGGAAGUAGGGCUCCUAUUGACUAAAGGUUGGUUCUUCGCUUUUCUUUAGAAUGAAAGUAGCUAUGACUAUGAAGCCCCUACUACUUACUUUGUUUGAUUCAAAAGGCGAACAGCCCCCCCAACUAGUCGUAUGGGGUGGGGUGCUUGUGGUAAGCUGCUUUGGAUAUGAGGAAUUCCUAAAAAAAAGGCAAAGUCCGGUAUUUUACGAAGAUCUUCCUAUCUAUUGAUAGGAAUUAGUGUUCGAUAUAGGGGAUAGGAUCCAUCUGCUCUUUCUCUCUCAAUUUUUUUUAGAGAGAGCAGAUAUAACAUAAACGAUAUAAAAAAAAUUCUUGGAAGUAAAGGAUACAUAGACAUCCCUUUAGAUGUCUAUUCUAUUCUAUUUUUAGAAAAAAAAAAAAAAGAUAUCUCGUUCAUCUAUCUUUUGUCUAUCUAUCAUUGAUCUAUGAAUCAAGUCGAAAGACUUCGUUUUUUUUGGGGGUUCCCCGAAGCCCCGAAUGGAUUGGAUCGAUCGUUUCUGCCAACGAAAUGAACGCGGAGCCCGUUCCGAAUGCUUCUCUGAUCCGGAAGUUCUCGCAAAGAGAAUAAGAUGCUGCUCCCCCUCCCUCUGUCUUUUCUCGCUUUGCUAAUCUUCCCCUCUCCUCGUUCCGCCCGCUGGCCUCUUGGGAUAGCAGCCUUCGGGCUUUGCCUGCCCUUUUUAAGAUAAGACAGAAUUCCGGCUCGGCCCGGGAAAGCGCUGGCAACAACAGAAAGGAAGGGGUCCAUGUAGCUGCUGCGCCCGCCCCCUUCUUAGUCAAUGGGGCAGCAAGUUCGGCAUCUACUAGAAAAGAGAGAAUGAAUCCACUUCAGAUAACCACGCCUCUGCUAGGCAGCGUGUGGAAUGGCCGAGAGCGGACCUUUUUGGAUAUAUCAUCCAAGUCGAGAGUGGAGUUACGGGAACAGCCGUCUGAUAGAAAACGACUUUCACGUUCGGUUCAGAGAGCACUUUUUUCGUUGAGAAUUCCUCGUUCCCUUUCGUGUGAAUUCCCCAGCGGCGAAUUCAAAACUUGUGGGGCCCUAUCUAUUCCAUCUCUCGAGCCCCGAAGAAACCCCCCCUCUCCUUUUGACUCCAUAUAUCUUUUGACUCUAUAUAUGUGGGCACCUGAUAUCUAUGAGGGUUCACCCACCCCGGUUACAGCAUUACUUUCUAUUGCGCCUAAAAUCUCUAUUUUUGCUAAUAUUUCACGUGUUUCUAUUUAUGGUUCCUAUGGAGCUACAUUGCAACAAAUCUUCUUUUUCUGUAGCAUUGCUUCUAUGAUCUUAGGAGCACUGGCCGCCAUGGCCCAAACGAAAGUCAAAAGACCUCUAGCUCAUAGUUCAAUUGGACAUGUAGGUUAUAUUCGUACUGGUUUCUCAUGUGGAACUAUAGAAGGAAUUCAAUCACUACUAAUAGGUCUCUUUAUUUAUGCAUUAAUGACGAUAGCUGCAUUCGCCAUAGUUUCAGCAUUACGGCAAACCCGUGUCAAAUAUAUAGCGGAUUUGGGCGCUCUAGCCAAAACGAAUCCUAUUUCGGCUAUUACCUUCUCCAUUACUAUGUUCUCAUACGUAGGAGUACCCCCGUUAGCCGGCUUUUUUAGCAAAUUCUAUUUGUUCUUCGCCGCUGUGGCUUUUGGGGCUUACUUCCUAGCCCUAGUGGGACUAGUUUCUAGCCUUAUAGGUUGUUGGGCGGCCGGAAGGUUACCACGAGUAAGUCAGUUUGGGGGACCGAAGGCAGUUAUCCGUGUACCGGACACGUAGCUUACCUAAUCAGUUGCGACACGGAUAGGAAUGCAUGCUACGAAAGAGAGGGUCGAGUCUGAUACAUCAACCGUCUACUCAAUAUCCUUGUACGAGUCCACAAUCACUACACGAGAUGAACCUUGGUUUGGUGAAUUGAAGUUGGCCUUAGGUGUAAUAGGACUCCCAGUUACUGCGCGCGAUCGUAUACUGAGGUGCUCCCCGCCGGUUGUUGGAACGACGCGAGCCGGGCCUCGAUUCAGAAAGAUGAAGGGCCAAAAAGUAGAAAGAGGGGGUUACCAAUUCCCCAUCUCAUUGGGGGCGGAAAACGAAUCGGCAUCUCGAUGUAA